CUGAAGUGUCCAGCGGUAGCCUUGGGCUGACCGUCAAGGCAGUAGCAGUAGUGUCCCUCAGGGUCAUUCCCGCCGCCAUGUGACAUCACAUGCUUUCAUGUGAUGCACUGAUCAACUCAAAAUCUGGAAAGCUUCCAUUUGAAAAAAUUCCAGUGUAAUGGAAUUUGCACAGCAGGACAGAACGAUCCCAGUCAAACAUCCUAAGCACAACCGGUGCUGGUAGCUGUGGACGCAGCCAAGGAAACUGGAGUUGAGGACAAAAGUUAAACAACAGUCUGGAUCUUUUCCUCAGUUGAACGGAGCUGGUCUGUUGCUGCAGUUCCACUGAUGCCAACCUUUAAGCUUUGUCACCAUGCCUGAACUCAUAUGGUAGGCGGACUAUGCCUUUUUCCUCUUUUGGAGCUGUGUUGUGUUAUGGUUGGCUUAUGAGACUGGAGGCUAGAGGCGGGACUUUGUGGAUAGGUGAGUAGGUGUGUUCUAUGAAUGAGUGAAGGAGUGUGUGUUUGUGUGUGUGCCUCCACAUGCCAGUGCUCUGAAGCAUACAGGGUUGUUGUGUAGUUUUGCAUGUGUUUCUAGUUCGUGGACUAGCGACGUGUCUCGUGUUUACCGGUAUGCCUGUUGCGUGCGUUGGGAGGACGAACAUGUGGUUCUACUGAGGACAAGUGUUUGGUCGGAUCAACAUGGAGUUGCACACUCUGGACUGAAGACUCUAUUCACCUCACAUUAGCGAGUUUUGCUUCAAGGAGAGAAAGCUUGUGUCCGAGAAUACCCAGAGCACUUCUUCUAAUGGCUCGGACAUGAGCGGGGCCAGUAACACGCUGGCGAGGGAGUUCCUGACGGACGUGCUGCAGCUGUGCAGCGCGGUGGCUCAGCGCUCGGAGGUGCGCGAUGACGAGGACGAGGAGGAGAGUCACAUGGUGGCCCUGGGAGAGUACCUGGUACGCGGACGCGGCUUCCUGCUGCUCAGCACACUGGACUCCAUCAUCGACCAGGAGCUGACGUGCCGGGAGGAGCUGCUGACGCUGCUGCUGUCCCUGCUGCCACUCGUCUGGAAGAUCCCCGUGCAGGAGGAGAAGGCCCCAGAUUUCACCCUGCCUUCUCUGCUGGAGGUGUUCCUUAGUCGGGAGGGCAGGACGGUCCCUCCGAAGGCGGGCCAGGAGAAGUCCGGCACCGAUGUCCAGAACUCCUGCUCCAAGCGCCUGUCGGGGAGUUGGAAGUCGCGCCGCUCACGACGGACCGCCCAGCGCUACUCGGUGAGGGAUGCGCGCAAGUCCCAGCUCUCCACCUCGGACUCGGAAGCGGGAAACUCGGACGACAAGGUCGCCGCCCCCGGCUCCAAGCACCGCCGCUCGCACGGCGCCACCCUGCGGGUGAGCUGCCAGCACCACCAGUCCGACACGGCGGCCACGCUCCCGCCCAUCCAGCAGGCGACCGGCGCGCCCCAGCCUCAACAGCGCAACCUCAACAACGACAACAUGAACACGCUGGAACGCACCCAGUCGGGGCUGCCCCACGCCAGGCUCUUCGGGGGGCCCCAGGGGCAGGUGGACAACGAGCCCUUCACAGACCCUACGGCACUCUCCAUCUUCAACCGCAUGGAGAACUCUCCUUUCGACCUGUGCCACGUCCUGCUCUCCCUGCUGGAGAAGGUGUGCAAGUUCGACAUGACCAUCAACCACAACCCGGGCCUGGCGGUGGUGGUGGUGCCCACGCUCACCGAGAUCCUCACCGAGUUCGGAGACUGCUGCGGCCCCGGUGGAGGAAGUGGUGGUGGAGGGGGAGGCGGGGGAGUAGGCGGCGGUAGCGGCGGCAUCGACGAGCUGGCGGGAGGCUGGACGGAGGAGCCCAUCGCCCUGGUGCAGCGCAUGCUGCUGCGCACCAUCCUGCACCUGAUGUUCGUGGACGUGGGCCAGAGCGAGGCGCUGCCCGACAACCUGCGGCGCAGCCUGACGGACCUGCUGCGCGCCACCCUCAAGAUCCGCGGCUGCCUGGAGCGGCAGGCCGACCCCUUCGCACCGCGGCCCAAGAAGACCCUGCAGGAGGUCCAGGAGGACUUCUCCUUCUCCCGCUAUCGCCACCGGGCGCUGCUGCUGCCCGAGCUGCUGGAGGGGGUGCUACAGGUGCUGCUGAGCUGCCUUCAAGCCUCGGCUCCCAACCCCUUCUUCUUCAGCCAGGCCCUGGAGCUGGUCCACGAGUUUGUGCAGCACCGCGGCCUGGACCUGUUCGAGGCCACGGCCCUCAGGCUGGAGAGCCUGGGAGCGGCCCGCGACACGGAGGUGGGCGGCGAGGCGUCAGAGCGCCUGCGCGGCCUCGUGGCCAGCCUGCUGAAGAUCAUCAGCGCCGUCAAGAAGGCCAAGUCGGAGCAGCUGCACCAGACGGUGUGCGCCCGGCGCCGCCACCGCCGCUGCGAGUACUCCCACUUCCUGCACCACCACCGCGACCUCACCGGCCUGCCCGUGUCCGCCUUCAAGCAGGCCGCCUGCCGCAACCCCUUCGAGGAGGAGGGCGCCGAGGGGGAGGUGCGCUACCCGGAGCGCUGCUGCUGCCUGGCCGCCUGCGCCCACCAGUGCCUGCGGCUGCUGCAGCGCCUGUCGCCCACGGGCUCCACCGUCUUGCAGGUGCUGGCCGGCGUCCAGGCCGUGGGCAUCUGCUGCUGCAUGGACCCGCGCUCGGUGGUGGAGCCCCUGCUGCGGGUGUUCCGCGCCCCGGGCCUGCGCAGCUACCAGUCCCACGUGCUGGCCGUGCUCAGCCGGCUGGUGCUGGAGCAGCUGGGCGGCAGCCACCCGUCCGAGAAGGCCAAGCUGGCCUCCUGCAACGUCUGCACGCUGGACUCCAGCCAGCUGCCGGGGCUGGAGGAGACCCUGCACGGCUGCCCGGCCGGCAGCGAGAGCUCGGCGGGCGCCGCCUUGUCGUCGUCCGCCGCCACCACCUCGCCCAACCUGUCGUACCGCUCCAAGGGCAUCCUGCCCAGCGGCGCGGCCGAGGACAUGCUGUGGAAGUGGGACGCGCUCAAGGCCUACCAGGAGCUGGUGUUCGGGGACGACUGGCAGCUCAGCCAGCAGAUCGCCGCCCACGUGUGCCAGCUGACGCUGCGGGGCAACGCGGUGGUGCAGUGGCAGCUGUACUCGCACAUCUUCAGCCCCGUGCUGCAGAGGGGGGUGGAGCUGGCCCACCACGCCCAGCAGCUGGGGGUGUCCACCACCUGCUCGCAGGCCUGCACCUACCACACGCACUGCCUGCCCGUGGAGGUGCUGCUCGUCUACCUGCAGACCCUGCCCACCCUGCUCAAGACCAGCCGAGUGGUGCGAGAUCUGUUCCUGAGCUGCAACGGCCUGAACCAGGUGACGGAGCUGGUCUACCUGGACGCCACGCGCUCCUGGGCCCUCAAGGUGUUCGAGACCCUCAUCCUGAGCAGCUGGGAGCAGCCCAGCCAGGCCGACGCCGCCCAGCAAGAGCUGGAGAGAGCCGAGGCUCUGGAGCGGGACGCCGUGCUGGGCCUGGUGGACGACCUGGCCUCCCGGGACGCUCUGGGAACCGCCGGCGGAACUGGAGACGCUCCCCAGAGCUUCAGCAAGUUCUACGAAGGCCUGAGAGAGGCGUACCCUCACCGCAACAAAAGGAGCGCUAGCAGCGGUGUCGGAGGAGGAGGAGGAGGAGGAGGAGGAGGAGGGCUGGGAGGAGCGGGACGUCACAAGGGCGAAGUGCAGCUCAACGCCAUCAACCUCUUCCUGUGCGUGGCGUUCCUGUGUGUCAGCAAGGAGGCUGACUCGGACCGGGACUCGGCCAACGACUCGGAGGACACGUCGGGUUACGACAGCACGGCCAGCGAGCCCCUGGGCAGCCGGCUGCCCUCCCUGUCCCCCGACAGCGUGGCGUUGCCCUCCAAGGAGCAGGUGCGGCGGGCCGCCGACGUCUGGUCCGUGUGCCGCUGGGUCUACCUGGCCAGCCCCGCCUUCCAGCGGCAGUUCUUCCGGCUGGGCGGCCUGGAGGUCAGCUCGCGCCUCAUGACCAUGGUCAUCCAGAAGCUGACCACCUGCAACAAGACCAAAGACGGCAAGCCCAAGAAGAAGCGCGACGCCGCCAAAGGGAAGGCCAGCCCGUCGCAUCCUCCUGGCUCCUCCCCAGCACCAAAUAAUAACAACAACAACCUCCAUGCACCGAGCUCCUCCACUCCGGGGCAGGCUGAUCUGGGUCCCGCAGAUGGCCUUUCCUCAGAGGCUACCCCAGCUGGCACUCAGGCUGAGGGGAGCCGGGGAACCACCACUACCACCAGCACCACCACUACCACCACCAGGGACCCGACCCGCAGGCUGGAGGAGGAGUGGCCCCUGCAGAGCAUCCGGCUCCUGGAGGCCCUGUUGGCCAUCUGCCUACACAGCGCCACCUCGGCCCUGCAGAAGAUGGAACCAGACCUCUCUUUACAGCUGCAGUCGGUGGAGGAGACCCUGUGCGAGGUGCGCGAUCAGCUGUCUCGUUCCGGCGUGGUGGCCUCCGACCUGGCCGUCCCGCUGUUUGACGCGCUGCUCCGCGUCUCGCUGGCCCAGGUGGGCCACUCCGGCCCCGACGCCCCCGAGGACAAGCCAGAGCGAGUGAGUCACGAGUGGAGGAAGACAAAUAAGGCCCAGGCUGCGGCGGAGGUGCCCACGCUGGCGGGAGAUCUCUCGGAGGAGGCAGACGAGUCGUUGGCGAGCGGGCCGCGGCGAGCAGGGCCUGGAGAGGAGGAGGGGUACGAGGCCGACAGCGAGAGCAACCCAGAGGACUCGGCUCAGCAGGACGAAGGGGUGAAAGUGGAGCCGGCCCCGCUGGGGGAAUGUGUGUUCGGGCCGCUGGCCUCGGCCGAGGGGCCUGGCCAGGGCCUGCUGCUCUUCCCCGAGAUCUGCAUCAUGGACCUGCACCUGCUGGCCGCCAGCUCCCCCGACCUGGAGGUGCUGGCCCACGUCCUGCAGAGCCUACUGGGGGUGGUCCGGGCCAACCCCCUCAACGCAUCCCUGCUGUACAAACAGGGCGCCGUCACCACCAUCCUGAGAGGCUUCCACCACAUCUUGAGCCAGGCUGACCCCUGCUAUGAAGAGUGCCAGAGGGUGCUGGUGGAACUACUGGUUGCCAUGGUGAGCGAUCACAUCACGGCCGAAGAGCUGGCUCUCGUGGUCCGACUCUUCCUGGAGAAGUCUCCGCCCACUGAGGGGCUGUUGAAGGGCCUCCUCCAGAUCGUCCAGGCCAGUAUGCACUUGCAGCCGCUGCACUUCCUCACCUUCCCCACCCUCCUGGGCCACCACCACGCGCCCCCCACCGGCGCCUCCUCUCCGGGCCUCCGGCCCAACGGGGUGGCGGGGGGCAAGGCCGUGGGCGCCCUGUGGAGGGGGGCCAAGCCCUCGCCCUCGCCCGGGGGGCACCUGCGCGCCUCCUCCCCGUGGCACACCGCACCGCUCCACCUGCCACUCAUGGGGCAGAACUGCUGGCCGCACAUGGCUAGUGGCUUCAGCGCUGCACUCUGGGUCAGAGCGCUGCGCUCGGAGGGUGAUGAGGAUGGAGCAGCGGAGAGAGGAGAUGAGUUGGCACCAGUGCCUGAGGCCCAGCCGACCAACCCCAGCCCGGGGGAGAGGGUGGUGGACGACAGCCUCUUCCACAUCCUCUCCAUGGGCUCCAAGGCCCUGAUGCUGCAGGUGUGGGCCAACCUCUCCACUGGGGCCUUCACUUUCAGGAUGUGCAUCGACCCUAAUGAUGAGAUGAAGGCAGGUCUGCUGGCGCAGGCGGACUCCGGGGAGGGCAUGUUGAGGCCGGGCCAGUGGCAGCACCUCAGCUUCACCUACACGCAGCAGCCCGAGGGGAAGAAGAACAUCCACGGAUGCCUCGUCAUGUGGGUGUGUGGAGUCAGGAAGUGUGAGGUGUCGCUAGACUACACGUUACCCAGGAAGUCCAGCCUGUCGUCGGACAGCAACAAGACCUACUGCAUGCUGGGACACUGCCUGCCGGCCUCGGAGGAGGGCGCUAAACCCGGGGCACGCUGCGACAUGGGCACCAUGCUACUCUUCAAUGGUUCUCGAAUAGACACCGAUGAAGCUUUCUACCUUUAUGCCAGCGGGCCCGACCUUACCUCCAUAAUGCCUUGCAAGUACGGCAAGCCCAAAGACACAUUUUCCAAAUACGUGACCCAGGACGGUCUUCAGAGCGAGCAGGUCCGAGAGCUGCUGACGAGAAGCAGCGACAUUGACACGUCACAUCUCAUGGAGAACCUGGCGGUGGUGUAUGCCCCCAGCAGCCCGGGCCUGUACAUCAUCUAUGAGCCGGUGAUCCGUCUGAAGGGCCAGACCAAGGCCGUGGUGCCCCAGCGGCCCUUCAGCUCCAAGGAGGUGCAGAGCCUCAUGCUGGAGCCGCAGGCGCUGCGCUCCAUGGUCCCCAGCCAGCCCCACCACCUCCACAGCAUCCUGCACAAGAUCGGGGGCACCGGCAACUUCGUCUUCCUCUUUGCUCGGGUUGUGGAGUUGAGUGACUGUGAGCGGACCCAGGCGCUGGCCCUGCAGGUGCUGCUGUCGCUGGUGAAGCUCAACCACCACCGCACGCACGAGAUGGAGUGCUACAACGGAUACUCCAUGAUCCACCAGGUGCUCAUCAAGUCCAAGUGCAUCGUGGGUUACCAUGUCCUCAAGACCCUGCUGGACGGCUGCUGCAGUGAGCCCAUCCUGCGAGUGACGGAGGACGGACAUUUCCACCUGGACAUGGAGACGGGGGCGGUGGUGCAGGACCUCAAGCUCCUGGGGGACAUCCUGCUGGACUGGAAGGUGUGGGCCAAGGCGCAGAUGGGCGUUUGGGAGACGCUGCUGGCGGCGUUGGAGAUCCUGAUCCGCGUGCACCACCCCCACCAGAUGUUCAACAUCCGCCAGCUCCUCAAGGCACAGGUGGUGCACCGCUUCCUCCUCACCUGCCAGGUCAUGCAGGAGCAUCGAGACGGCCACCUGGCCUCCAUCACGCAGGAGGUGUGCCUGUCGUUCGUCAAGAUCAUCCAGGAGGUGCUAGGCUCUCCUCCAGACCUGGACCUUCUUAAGCUGGUGUACAACUUCCUGCUGGCCGUCCACCCACCCACCAACACCUUUGUCUGCCACACCCCCAACAGCUUCUUCUUCUCCCUGCACAUAGAUGGCAAGUUGUACCAGGAGAAGGUGCAGUCCAUGAUGUACCUGAGACACUCCAGCAGUGGAGGCAAGUCAGCCUGCAGCUCCGUGCUCUCCCUCUCCCCCACCGUCUUCACCGAGGCACCGCACCAUGACGCUCCAUCUCCAGAGCAUGGCAUGGAGGACUCCUCCACCACCCUGCGGCCCCCCAGCCUGCGCCCGUCGCCCCACUCGUCCCCCACCCUCAGCCCCCGCUCUGCCCACCACAGGCACAGCCACAGCCACUCCUACUCCCACGGCCUGAGCCAUAGCCAGUCCACCACCCCGGCCACCACGCCCGCUGGCCCCCCCCAGUGCGACGCCGACGGCGGCUGCGGAGGCACGCUGGCAUCUCAGCAGGUGCUGGGCAGCACGGAGACCCUGAAGCGCGGCGGCGACGAACAGCUCCUCAGCAGCUGCGAGUCGGCCAAGACCAUCUGCGAGUCCACGGACGUCCCCUUGCGAAGGGCCAUCGUCUGCAGCACGGAGUUCGGGCCAAAGAUGCGGCCUCCGUCCAUCAAUGUGGAGGAGGAUGAGUCGUUGUCACAGCAACCGCAUCAGCACCACCACCAUCAUCAACAACAGCAGGGCCACGAGGAGGGCGUGGAGGCGGACCACAGCCCCGCCGACGGCAGCCUGAGCGCAGAGUCGGAGGACCGCUUCGACUGGGCCAAUGAGGACGCAGCGCCGCGGAGGCCCGACAGCCUGAAGGGCAUCCAGUCGUACCAACGCAGCCACAGUAACCUGGCCAGCCUGGGACUGGCCUUCCCUGCCCAGAACGGCUCCCUGGCCAUCGGCCGCUGGCCCUCCGUGGCAGACCGCACCCCACUGCCCGACGACUGGGAGAGCUACACCUACUCGCCCGGCUACGAGAGAGCGCACAGCAAGGCAGAGUCCUGCAACGACCGGUCGAGUACGGAGGACUGCCUGGUGCUGGUGUGCUGUGGUCUGUACGAGCUGCUGCGGGGGGUGCUGUUACUGCUGCCAGACCUCAUGCUGGAGGACGUCAUGGACCGACUCAUCCAGCCAGAGGCCCUCAUAGUACUGGUCAACCACCCCUCACCGCUCAUACAGCAGGGGGUCAUGAAGCUGUUGGACGCCUACUUCAGCCGGGCCUUCAAGGAGCAGAAGGAGAAGUUCCUGAAGAACCACGGCUUCUCCCUAUUGGCCAACCAGCUCUACCUGCACCAGGGCAACCAGGGCCUACUGGAGUGCUUCCUGGAGAUGUUGUUCGGACGCCCCGUGGGUCUUGAGGAGGAGCUGGAUCUGGACGAGAUGGAGCAGAUCUCUGCGUUCCGCAAGCGCUGCAUCAUCCCGGUGCUGGGCCUGAUCGAGAACUCCCUCUACGAGAACUCGCUGGUGCACAACGCGCUGUGCGUGCUGCUGCAGCUGCUGAACGCCUGCCCCCGGCUGGCGGACAUCCUGCUGGACCACGGCCUGCUCUACGUGCUCUUCAACACGCUCUCCACGCUCAACGGCCUCGAGAACGGGAUCUCCCCAAGUGACUACCGUCUGCUGAUGUGUGACAUGCAGCAGCUACUGGUGGCCGUCACCAUCCACUCCUGCAGCUCCUCUGGCUCACAGUACUUCCGCAUCAUAGAGGACCUCAUCACCCUCCUGGGAUACAUGCAGAGCAGCAAGGUCCACCGCACGCAGGAAAUGUCCGUGGCGCUGCAGUUCCGCAUCCUCCAAUCAGCCAUCGAGUUCAUCAAGACGACAGCCAAUCAGGACCAGAAGCUGAGUGGCUCCGUGCACGUGCCCACCUCCCCUCACCACGCCCUCUCUCUGAAACGCAAGAGUAUCGCCGGUUCAAUGGGGCUGAAAGACUCGAUAAUCCCCCGCAUCCCCCGGCAGCACUCUUACGGUCAGAUCCCGCUGCCGGCCCACUUAAGCUUCCUCACCCUGGACUCCCCGCUCCCGUCCCCCACGGGCUCUCCCGCAUAUUUCUUUCCCAGCGACUCAGGUCGUCGCCGUUUCUCGCUGGUGCAGACGGACUCGUUGCUGAUGCGCAUGCGCUCGGUGGCGAGUGACGAGCUGACGCUGAUGAUGCAGCGGCGCAUGAGCCAGGAAAACCCCAUCCGCGCCAGCGAGACCGAGUUCGUGCAGCGCCUACAGCGGCUGGUGGUGCUCGCCGUCAACAGACUCAUCUACUGCAAUGCCAACCAGGACUUCUUCGAGCUCCUGAACUUCCCGGACUCCCCCGAUGCUCACUUGCCCACCACCCCCGUGUUUGGCGACCACGGAACGGGCACGGGUACGGGCACGGAGGAGAACGGCUCCACCCCCACCUCCCCUUUCCCCCCGACCAACAUGAGGACCUUCAAGAAGGACAUCCUCAAGCUCAUGACGGAGGGCAUCAAGAUCGGACUGGGCAGCACGGGUCGUGGCAGUGCCCCUCGGCAGCAGUGGCGGCGCGUGCUGUGGUCGUGCCGGGACACCUUCCGCGUGCAGAUCGGACGGCUCCUGGUGCACUCGCUGAGCCCCGCGCGGCCCCUGGCACAACGGAAGGAGGCCCUGGACUUCAUCAGGGAGCCCAGCCACCCUGAGAUCCUACGCGAGAGCCUCAGCCCGGGCCUGGAGCAUGGGCCCAAGCUGGCUCUGUACCUGUACGAGCUGCUGCACGACCACAAAGACGGCCUGACCAAGGAGGAGACGGCCGCGGCCAACACCUUCAUCACCUCCCUCAAGCUGUGCGGACACCGCUGCAUACCGCCCAACGCACCGCCCAAACCAGACCUGCUGAAGGCCAUCAAGGAGGAGCAGCUGAAAUACGAGGCGGAGGAGAAGACCAGCAAGGCAGCCUGGGAGAAGAAGAUGGUCAGCACUCAGAAGAGCCUGAUGCAGCGUCUGGACGGCAAGUCCAAGGACAUCUCCAAGAUCGCGGCGGACAUCACGCAGAACGUGUCCCUGCGGCAGGGCAUGGAGCGCAAGAAGGUCAUCCAGCACAUCCGCGGCCUCUACAAGACAGACCUCAGCGCCAGCAGACACUGGCAGGAGCUGGUGCAGCAACUCACUCACGACCGAGCGGUGUGGUACGACCAGGUGUCCUACCCCACGUCCUGGCAGCUGGACCCCACAGAGGGCCCCAACAGGGAGAGGAGGAGGCUGCAGAGGUGCUACCUCACCAUCCCCAACAAGUACCUGCUCAAGGACCGACGCAAACAAGAGGAGGCAGUGCGUCCUCCCCUGGCGUUCCUGGCCGAGGAUAAGACCCACUCCUCCUUCUCCUCCACCGUCAAGGACAAGGCCACCAGCGAGCCCAUCAGGUUUACCAGACGGUGCAUCAGUGUUGCUCCAUCCAGGGAAACCGCCGGAGAGCUUCUGCUGGGGAAGACUGGGAUGUACUUUGUUGAGGAUAACGCAGCUGAGGCCCAGGACAUUCAAACGCUGCAUGGCGAGACGGAGCCGGCGUCCUUCUCCUGGACGUACGAGGAGGUGAAGGAGGUCCACAAGCGCUGGUGGCAGCUGAGGGACAACGCCACCGAGAUCUUCCUCACCAAUGGGCGAACCCUGCUGCUGGCCUUCGACAACACCAAGUUCCGUGACGACGUUUACCACAACAUCCUGACGUCGGACCUGCCCAACCUGCUGGAGUACGGCAACAUCUCGGCGCUGACACACCUGUGGGGCUCGGGCCAGAUCACCAACUUCGAGUACCUCACGCACCUGAACAAGCACGCGGGGCGCUCCUUUAACGACCUGAUGCAGUACCCCGUCUUCCCCUUCAUCCUGCGCGAUUACACCAACGAGACGCUCGACCUGCACGAGCCUGGCAUAUACAGGAACCUCAGCAAGCCCAUAGCCGUGCAGUCUAAAGAGAAGGAGGAUCGAUAUGUGGACAACUACAAGUAUCUGGAGGAGGAGUAUAGGAAGGGUGCGCGUGACGACGACCCCAUGCCCCCAGUGCAGCCGUACCACUACGGCUCCCACUACUCCAACAGCGGCACCGUGCUCCACUUCCUGGUCCGCAUGCCCCCCUUCACCAAGAUGUUCCUGGCCUACCAAGAUCAGAGUUUCGACAUCCCAGACCGCACCUUCCACUCCAUGAACACCACGUGGCGGCUCUCCUCCUACGAGUCCAUGACCGACGUCAAGGAGCUCAUCCCAGAGUUCUUCUACCUGCCAGAGUUCCUAGUCAACAGGGAGGGCUUCGACUUUGGCGUGCGUCAGAACAGCGAGCGCGUGAACCACGUGAACCUGCCUCCGUGGGCGCGCAACGACCCGCGUCUGUUCGUGCUGAUCUACCGGCAGGCCCUGGAGUCGGACCACGUGUCCCAGACGCUCUGCCAGUGGAUAGACCUGGUGUUCGGCCUCAAGCAGAAGGGCAAGGCCGCCGUGCAGGCCAUCAACGUCUUCCACCCCGCGACGUACUUCGGCAUGGACGUGUCGUCGGUGGAGGACCCGGUGCAGCGGCGUGCGCUGGAGACCAUGAUCAAGACGUACGGCCAGACGCCGCGCCAGCUCUUCAACACCUCGCACAUCAGCCGCGCCUCCCCCAAGCUGCUGAUGGAGGGAGAGCUGCCCGCCGCCAUGGGCCUCCUCGUACAGCUGGCCUUCAGGGAGAACCGCGAGCAGCCCAAGGAGCCCACGCACCCGAGUCCUCUGCCGUGGGUGAAGGGUCUGAAGUGGGGUGAGUAUGUGGGCUCCCCCAGUGCCCCGGACCCCGUGGUGUGCUUCAGCCAGCCGCACGGAGAGCGCUUCGGCUCGCUGCUCGCCCUGCCCACGCGCGCCAUCUGCGGCCUCUCGCGCAACUUCUGCCUCAUGAUGACGUACAGCAAGGAGCAGGGUGUGAGGAGCAUGCACAGCACGGACAUCCAGUGGUCGGCCAUCUUGAGCUGGGGUUACCCGGACAACAUGCUGCGACUCAAGAGCAAGCAGAGCGAACCGCCAAUCAACUUCAUCCAGUGCUCACUACUGCACCAGGUAAGCAGCUGUGCCUGGGUUCCUGACGGGUGCCAGCUGUUCACGGGCAGCAAGUGCGGCGUCAUUACCGCCUACAGCAACCGCUUCACCACCACCACGCCGUCGGAGAUCGAGGUGGAGUCCCAGGUGCACCUGUACGGCCACACGGACGAGGUGACGGGGCUGUUCGUCUGCAAGCCCUACAGCAUCCUCAUCAGCGUCAGCAGGGACGGCACCUGCAUCCUCUGGGACCUCAACAGACUGUGCUAUGUUCAGAGCCUCACAGGCCACAAGAGUCCAGUCAAUGCCGUCUCAGCCAGCGAGACCACCGGUGACAUUGCCACCGUCUGUGACUCGGUGGGCGGGGGCAGUGACUUGCGUCUGUGGACAGUGAACGGCGACCUGAUUGGCCACGUGCACUGCCGCGAGAUCAUCUGCUCCGUGGCCUUCUCCAAUCAGCCGGAGGGCGUGUCCGUCAACGUCAUCGCCGGGGGACUGGAGAACGGCGUCGUCAGGUUGUGGAGCACGUGGGAUUUGAAGCCUGUGCGAGAAAUCACAUUUCCAAAGUCCAACAAGCCCAUCGUCAGCCUGACGUUCUCGUGUGACGGCCACCACCUGUACACGGCCAACAGUGAGGGCACGGUGAUCGCCUGGUGCCGCCGGGACCAGCAGCGCAUGAAGCUGCCUAUGUUCUACUCCUUCCUCAGCAGCUAUGCAGCCGGAUGAGAUGACGACGCCCGCCACCCUAAAACCAUCCCGAAACCACACAUACUUUCAGCUGGAUGAGAUUACACCCUCCCCCCUAAAACCAUCCUGAAACCAUACAUACUCACAGGGAGUUGACACACCCCCCACACAUCUAAAGCCACCCUAAAACCAUAUUCUCAACUCCACCGCCGGUUGAGAGGACCCCUCUGACAUCCUAAAGCCAUCCUCUCAGCUACGGCGCAUGAUGAGAUCUACCCCACCACCGCUACCCUAGAACCAUGCUCUUCAUCUUAGGACCAGUCCUGAAUGACCUUAGCACUACCACUCCCCUACGCGCGCACACACACACACACACACACAAACACACACACACACAAACACACACACACACACACACUCACACACCCCUCACCACCCACCACCCAACUGCUGCACUCCAUGAGGGGCGUGCCAGCAUACACCAGUCCCAACUGAAAACACUCGACAUGACAUGACACGACACGACACGACAUGACAACGCGAUACAAGAAAACAGCAGGCGUUUCAGGACCAGCCUGGCAAGACCCAAGUCACAUGCAACCACGACAACAACAAAAAACAAGCAAGUGCUGGAAGCUAUGACAUGAAAAUAGUGUUCUGUAUAUAUGCUAAAUAUAUAUUUCUAAAAUAGGGCCGCUGGUCAAUGGCCCAGCGCAAGAUGCCUUUCCGACACACUUUUGUCCAUUUUUUUCUCUAUCUUUCUCUUCUGAGGACAGUUUUGUUUUCCAGAGUCGCUGAUUUGGUUUGAGACUUGUUUUUGUCCAUCAUUGUAUUGGUAGUUGCAGUGUUGUUUUCAAUCUAGCUUCAGUCAAGUAUUUGUUUAUAUACGUUUUACUUGUUUUUUUGUUGUUUUUGUUUCCUGUUUUAGUUUCUGUUUGUUUACGUGAUCUGUAAAACUUCUGAUUUAAUGGUAAUGUUUCUUUUUGUUGUUGUUAAUUAUUGUCGUGAAAGCUGCUAGCCUCUGAAGCGUGUUGGGGUGGGGUGGGAUUGGAU